AUGCCCCCGACGCCUUUACUGCCCUACCACGUAUCUCUUAUUCUCCAGUUUAUCCAGCCUCCUUCUCAGCUCGACACACCCCUCCCGCCCCAUCUCAUCUCCCGAGCACUCCUCCAACGUCACCAUUUUCUAUCGCUUUCUCCGGAAUCUGACUGUCCCACCUACCUCACAUGGUCAGAAGACAACCGUGCCCGCACUAUUGCUCUCUUGGAAGCUCUCCCGCAAUUCAUCGACGACCUACUGGUCGAUGCCCCAGUUCGCUAUGUCGUGGACACUGAGAGUGCGUAUGCGCACGUCGAGGUGUUUAGUAUAGGAGAUGAUGACGAGGACGGACUCAGGCUAGUAUUUCAGUGGGACGGCCACGACUCUUGGAGGUACCAUGAUGCGAACAUUAUGCCCUUUCCUCCUAACGCAGAGGCUUCUCUCGACCAAGCGCUUGCCAAGGUGGACGCAGAACCGGAAAGUGCGGAGGUAGAAAUGGAAACAGGUGAUCAUGCACGGCAGAGUGCUGGGGUUUCAGAUGAUGAUGACGACUAUUGGAAUUCGUAUGGAGGCACAGAGGAUGACGAUGAUCCAAAUCACAAGGUGCACAGCCGAAAUGUGGCGAGCAAAGAGGGCUCAGACGCAGGUGGCGAGGAUGCCUACUGGGCCCAAUACGCCGCUGUCCACGGCACCGCCGACUCUACCAUCCCCUCCCCCGAACACAAGAACAAACGCAAACUCCAUCCACACUCUAAUGCCCGUCACCACCACCCGCACUUCCGCAACCAAGACCACCCGAACGACGUUCGCUCAGACGAGCCUCUCCCUGUGCCCUUCCCCCUCCGCCACAAAGCCUCACGUCCAUCUGCGUGGGAUGAUCCCGACCGCGCAUACCCUGGCGUUAACGGAAACCACGGUGCCGGUGCCGACGGCCGCCCAGUCUCUCCACGUACGCUCGCUCGCCGUCUAGUCGAGAUGUCACCCAGACAAAGCCCAAAGACAGUUCCCGACACACCCAAUUCGGGAUUGGACAGCGUAUUCGACGAGAUGAUGCCGACUGAAGAAUAUAUCGAGAAGGAAGCAGAGAAUGGUGCGCGGAGAAGUUUGGAGGUUAGUGUGGGGCUGGGGAUGGAUUUGCUGGGUGGGCUGGUGGCCGAGGAACCUUCCGGUAUAUGGGUGUCGGACGUGGAUGGGGUGACAGAGGUGGACGACGGAGAUGUGACGGAUAUUGGGGCGAGUAUGGGGACGGAUAGCGACACGCCGUCGCCCAUAGAAAAGAACAAUCCUAUUACUGGAACUGGGAAGACCGCGCAGGAAGAAGAGGAUGAACGAUUCAGAGCGUAUAUGGUCGACGACUCAGGAGACGAUGCGGGCGAAGACUUUAUCACGGCGUCCAGCAGACCGACGCAGCCGAGCGGGUUGACAUCGUUCUUGAGGACAAGAGUUCCGGAGGAGGAUGAUCUGGAUGAGGGAGUGGAUGAUGAUAUAGGGUAUAUGACGAUGGAUGGGAGUGUGGGCGAUGGUGGAGAUGAUGCGGCUGAAGGAGUUAAGGAGGCCAUCAGGGGUGUUUAUAGGUUGUGGAUAGCGACUAGGCGGACGAACACCUCGAGAGGGGAUGUCGAUGACGGUGGUGGCGGGGGAGGAUAUCUCAAGAAGAACAUCGCGGAUGGAGCUGAGUUUAUGAAGGUGGUGAAGGAGGCGAUUGCGAGGAGCUGA